GGGACAGAGAUCUGCUGAAUGACUUGGCUGCAGGAGGGGUGUCGGUGCGAUCUGCCGUCUUACCAGGCGUUGGAGAGGGGCCACCAACAGACGCUCCUGCGGUUGAUACAGCGGAACAGGUUUAUAUCUCGUCCCUUGCGCUGCUGAAAAUGUUGAAGCAUGGUCGUGCUGGUGUCCCUAUGGAAGUUAUGGGUCUGAUGCUCGGGGAAUUCGUUGAUGAUUACACUGUGAGAGUGAUUGAUGUUUUUGCAAUGCCACAGUCGGGAACGGGUGUCAGUGUGGAGGCAGUUGAUCCUGUAUUUCAAGCAAAAAUGUUGGAUAUGCUGAAACAGACGGGAAGACCUGAGAUGGUAGUUGGUUGGUAUCAUAGUCACCCUGGCUUUGGCUGCUGGUUGUCUGGUGUAGAUAUCAAUACUCAGCAGAGCUUUGAAGCCUUAUCAGAAAGAGCUGUUGCUGUGGUGGUGGAUCCCAUUCAGAGUGUAAAAGGAAAGGUUGUUAUUGAUGCCUUCAGAUUGAUCAAUGCUAAUAUGAUGGUCUUGGGACAUGAACCAAGACAAACAACUUCAAAUCUGGGUCACUUAAACAAGCCAUCUAUCCAGGCACUGAUUCAUGGAUUAAACAGACAUUACUAUUCCAUCACCAUAAACUACAGGAAGAAUGAGCUAGAACAGAAGAUGUUGCUAAAUUUGCAUAAGAAGAGUUGGAUGGAAGGUUUGACACUUCAGGACUACAGUGAACAUUGCAAACUCAAUGAAACAGUAGUGAAGGAGAUGUUAGAAUUAGCGAAGAAUUAUAACAAGGCUGUUGAAGAAGAAGAUAAGAUGACACCUGAACAGCUGGCAAUAAAAAAUGUUGGCAAGCAGGACCCCAAACGUCAUUUAGAAGAGCAUGUGGAUGUGCUGAUGACCUCAAACAUUGUCCAGUGUUUAGCUGCUAUGUUGGAUACAGUUGUAUUUAAAUAACCAAUUCACUGUUUGUGAUGCUUUCUGUGUAUAUUUGUUUAUUGUUUCUAAUACUCACAAAAAGGAGACUGUUGAGACUAUAUCUGAUUAAACAGAGACAUCUGACUUCAUUUGCAAUGUAAGUGCAGCACUAUAACACCUUUCAGUCUCUAAUUGUGCGGUUGCUUCAGUUUCUUUAUGUCAGGGUCUUUAUGGAUUCCAAAGCAUUCAAGAACACAAUGUGGGCAAAUAUGUAUUACGUUUUCAUUUAAUAUUUGGGGGAAAAAUCAGUAGUACAUAUAUAUUUUGAUUGUUGCAACAUAAUAAAAAUACAUUUACAAGCCUG